AUGUCUUCAUCCCUGUCCCUAUCCCUAUGUGUGGAUAGCCUGCGCACCGUUGCCACUGACAGACAGGACGACUUCGAUACCCUGCGGCCCCUGUGCUACCCGCAGACCAACGUAUUCCUCCUGUGCUUCAGUGUGGUCUGUCCCACGAGUUUCCACAACAUCCAGGAGAAAUGGUUGCCAGAGAUACGCCGCUACGGGAACAAAGCGCCCAUCAUUUUGGUGGGCACUCAGUGCGACCUCCGGCACGACGUCAAAGUGCUCAUCGAGUUGGCCCAGUGUCACGAACAGCCCGUCAAUAGCGAGGUGGCCCGUAGGGUGGCCAACAAGAUCGGCGCCGUCAAGUAUGUCGAGUGCUCAGCCCUCACGCAAAAGAAUCUUAAGGAAGUGUUUGACACAUCAAUACUGACGGGCAUUGAAUACGAGCAGCAAUUGCUACAGAAGUCAUCCGUCAAGAAUACACCGAAUAUUCUGGUCAGUUGGGGCAAAGCCAAGGGCAAAAAGUGGCUCAAAAGUGGCUGCAAUUUCACUACCGGUGCCGUCGCCGACCACCACCACCACUGCCACAGCGCCUGUUGCUCGUCGUCGGGCUGUUCAUCAUCGGCGUCGACCACGUCGUCGUCGGCGUCCAGCUAUAGCUGUAGCGACACAUCUCUGCCGCCGCCCAUACCCUACCCCCGCAAGGAGUCGACCGCCACGACGACAGCCGGUAGUCACGUGGCCAGCCAUACACCGCCCGGUGCCCUACACCCGUGUCAGCCACUAUUCUGUCAACAUUCCAGCAAAUGCCACAAAAUGUCUAAUAAUUCGCAUAAAAAUAGAUUACGAAAGGGUUGGCGCAGAUUCUGUUGCGGUUUGUGAUACCAUACAUUUAAAUGAGUAAAUAUAUUAUAUUAUAAUUAUUAUUAUAUACCCCCACACAAAACACAUAUGACAAAACUGUGUAUAUGUUUUUAUUUGUAUGUAUAGAAUUUGUUUUACAAAA